GGGUACGGAAGUAAAGUUGUAAGUCUUUCCUAGUAUCGAAAGUUUACAAAGCUACAAAAUAAAAUCUAAUGUUCGUUUAUUAAUGUCUUCUUAAAAACCCUUCUCCCUUUCGUCUUUUUCGUAUUAAGGGAAUUUCGGUAGUGUUCUGCGAAUGAAAGUGUGAUUUCCAGUGUUGUGACAAGUUUUAUCUUCUCUGGAACUCUCGCCGGGGCAGCGAGGAUUUUUCUUUUUGGAAGUGUUUGAGAAACUGCAUCAACAAUGGGCUGCACGUCGCAAUGUGCCAAGUACUUCCUCUGUUUCUUCAAUUUCGUCUUCUUCAUCGCCGGAGGUGCAGCCCUCGCCGUUGGUAUCUGGCUGAUCGCUGAUAGAAACUCCUUCACCAACCUCAUCAGUCAAAUCGACGAAACCGACGUUUUGAGUAAAACUGAUGCCCACGUCAUCGAGCUGAUCUCCUACAUUUUAAUUGCAGCUGGAGCCCUGACGUUUAUCGUCAGUUUUCUAGGAUAUUGCGGAGCUAUGUUUGAAUCUCGCUGUCUACUAUGUCUCUAUGGUAUUCUCAUUCUGAUUGUACUUGUACUGGAAUGUAUCGUUGUUGGCCUCGCUUUUGGACUUAAAGGAGAUGCCGAGAAAGAAACGCAGAGCAUCGUAAAGUCGACUAUUAAGUACUACUCUGGCCAUUCGGAUACCGUGACUCUCGCGUGGGACAGAAUCAUGACUCAGCUGCAUUGUUGUGGUGCCGAAAGUUACUUAGAUUUCGAUACUAGCAAUUGGAUAAGCCAUUACAAAGUCCCGGAAGCUUGCUGCAGAAAAUAUCCUAAUGGCCAGAUAAUGGAUUCGAGUUGCCAGUCAACUCCAACAGAAGCUAACUCUUACUAUCAAAGGGGAUGCUACCGAGCUUUGGUGGAAGCUGUUGCAGAAAACGCAGCGAUAAUAAUCGGCGUUUGUGCUGGAUUGGUUUUCGUCGAGGUUCUUGUCAUCGUCAUGGCUCUUUACCUCGCCUGCUGCCACUGGCGUCCUCAACAUGCUUGUGUAGACGUGUCAAGACAGGCCUGGUGAGGACGAAGCUUGUUUCGCGCUUACAAUGUUAACAUGUUGGUGCUGCUGCUGAUGAGGCGUAUAGAGCAUGGAACAGUUGAGUAGUGCCUCCUAGCAUUCGCACCUUGAGUCCUAAGAGGUCCUGUGCCUUGUUCGUUUGAAACACUAAAUAUCUAGGCGCUAGCCGCCCCUAGGCUAUCAGAAUUCGUCGACAAUUUUGCUCCUAAAAUGCAAAAAGUACCGAAGAACGAGAGAGGGAAAAAAACCGAGAGGGAGACUCAAGUUUCAAAACUAGUACCUUAAAGAUAAUUUCGGUGCUUCCAAGCACGAAGAAUUGAUCAGAACUCGAACGAAAAAAAAAAGUUAUAUAUAUACAAAUAUAUACCUUCCUCGUUGAUUUUUUUACACUUUCUGUUAUAAAAAUAUUAACAAUUUAAUUUUUUUUUUUUGAAAAUAAAAUCGAGAAAAUUAUCUCGAAUUUUGGAUAUUAGAAGAGUCUGUAUAUUUUAGCUUAGAUUCCGGAGUUGCACUCCCAUAAUUUUCGUUUGCAUGCAAUGCACAUACUACUGUAUUUAUUUAAAUACUCGUCUUCGUUAUUUCCACAGUGUUAAGUCGUUAAGUGUGUACAAAGAAAAAAAUGGUCCUUUACCUGUUUACCAUCUUUCAAAUUCGAAAGUUCUUCGAGGAAUGAAAUUAAGUUCCUCGUCAAACCGAAAGUGCUUUUGUAAUUUCGACAAUCGUUCAAAUUGAUGUUCCUUCUUGAGAAUUUUCGAAAUCGAAUUUUUGAAAGUAGCAUCAAUUUGAGAAAAUGAAGAAAGAAAUGUAAGCAAACGUAUACGAAUACAAAUUACAAAAGGAUGCACGUAUUGAUCUCAAACUUCCAAUUACCUUUAAAAAUUCCCUUUUUUUUAUACAGAAAUCAAUCACAUUCAUGCAGUCAUUCCUAAGAUUUUAUUAGUAGAAAGUUUUUCCCCUUUCUUUCAAUUUUCUAAGUUUUCGAUAAAUUGAGUUUUUUUUCAUUUUUUGACAUGAAAAGUUACAAAAGGGUAUUUUCCAGUAAAAAGUAUUAAGUUAAAGGUAAGGAGCGAAGUUUGAACAACGCUUUGAUCGAUGAUGUAUCGAGUGUGAUUUUUUUUUACUCGAGUCUGUAAGAAGUUGUCCGAAAACCACGCACGCACACAAACAUAAUGCAAAAUACACAUUCACACACUUUUAUACAGAGACUGACCUAAAAUGUAUAUAUUCGACACACGAUAAAUUGCGGUUAUAUUAUUGCGAUUAAUGAUUGAUAAUUAUAAUAUCUUUAAUUACGAUAUAUUGUACUGUAUUAUUAUUAUUAUGUUUAAUGAUAGCAGUAUGGAAGCAGUAUGGCGUCGCCGAUCUGUUUAGAUUUAUUAAAUGUUUUCCGUUUCUUUUGUAAAAACUGUACACACCGAAUUUAAAAUAAAAGAAGUUUUAUAUUA